AUGGAAAAUCAAGAGAAGUACUGUGCAACUUCAUUGGAAUCACUUGUUGAUUACGGUACUUCCAAAUUCGGAAGAAAUGUCACUGUAUUGACCACGGAAAUUCUCGGCGAUAAAGGGCAGAGAACACGAAUGAGGAAACUGCAGCAAGGAGUAAGGAAAAUUGUUAGUGAUAACUUUUUGCCGUGCCAUAGCCUGCCUUAUCUCUAUGCAGUUUUCUAUUGUCAUGCAACUUUAGCACAUAUAGCACAACCUUACAUAGUGCCUUUGGUCGGUGCGGAUGGAAUGAAAAUCAUAGCCACAGCCGUUUGUCACAAAGAUACCUCGAAAUGGAACCCUGACCAUGUAGCUUUCCGAGUCCUCAAUGUUGAACCUGGUACUGUUCCAAUCUGUCACUUCCUUACUGAGGAUAAUAUUGGCUGGGCUGCCGAGAACAAAAAUAAUUGA